AUGAGUAGAUACCAUGUGCCGGUUUCCAUCCAGGGCCACAUCGACUACAUCACCCCUGGCGUGAAGCUUACUACGGACUCGGGACUUCCAGCACCUAAAGCUCUGCUGAAGAAGCGAGCUGAAGGUGCCGCAAGAUUCAAGCGACCUGUUCUUACUUUGCCCAUGCCAGAGAACGUAGACGGUAAUAAGCUCGAUCUUCAUACGCUUGCUGCGGUUGCAGAAGCAAACUUGACCAAUUGCAACAACGUUGUUACUCCACCUUCCCUGUAUAACAUCCCCAAGGGUACCAAAGCGACGCCCGGAAACGAACUCGGAAUAUUCGAGGACCUGAACGAUGUUUUUGCUCAGGAAGAUCUAGAUGCUUUCUUCACGCUCUAUGCGCCAUACAUUAAAAACGGCACGCAGCCAAAACUGGAUCUUAUUGAUGGUGCCGUUGCACCUGUCUCACCGGCAGUAGCUGGCCUCGAAUCCGCACUCGACUUCGAGAUCUCGUACCCGAUCAUCUACCCCCAAAACUCUGUUCUAUUCCAGACUGAUGACCCUGUCUAUGAGAAGAAUUACACAUUCCAGGGAUUUUUGAACAACUUCUUCGACGCGAUUGACGGAAGCUACUGCUCCUUCAGCGCCUACGGCGAGAAGGGCAACUCCCCAUUAGAUCCAUCUUACCCAGACCCCAGUAACGCGCCCGGCGCUUACAAGGGCAAAUUACAGUGUGGAGUCUACAAGCCCACCCCCGUCAUCUCGAUCAGUUACGGUGGUGCCGAGGCGGACCUUCCUAUCAACUACCAGCGCCGUCAAUGCACCGAGAUCAUGAAGCUCGGUCUCCAAGGUGUCAGUGUCAUCAACUCCUCUGGCGACUCCGGUGUCGAGGGACGUGGAGGUGAUCCUACUCCUAGCAACUGUCUCGGAAAAGACAACACGGUUUUCGCGCCGCAGUUUCCUGCUACCUGCCCGUAUAGUGAGUUGCUGUCAUAUUCUUCGACUUAUCCUCGUGAGUGCUAA